CCGGAAUUUUCCCGCUGUUGACACGGCCAUAUAUCUGGUAUACCUGCGUCAUGACUUCUUCAACCGUACUCAUGCCAUGACGAUCAUGGCCGCGCACGAUCCUCAAUCCACUUUCUGGACCGUAUACGCAGUACCAUACAACAUGAGUCGUUGCCUGUUUACAACCCGUGGUUCAGAUCGGAUACUGAUGACUAGAACAUCAUCAUAGAGUCAAGCUCAAAGGUGCAUCCUCUUUGUCACAAACUAUCUAUAUAACGGGACACGCCCUUCAGACGCGUUCACAACGCAGCUGCAGAUUAGAUACUUUAAUGCUCCUUCCUCUCUUGGCACCUUUGAAUCAAUCUCUAUCUUUGACCUCACCGAUCUGGACGGAUCUCCGCAACGUGUUUGACAUUGAUAAGUUGGAGAGAGCAGCGACCGGUAUUCUAACUAAUAUGACCGUGGCAUGAAACCCGCUAUACGACACAUAUGAUGUCGAAACGGACCAUCUUCCUCAUGGGUGCGCCCACGUUGCGGAAUCUCCAGUGGAAUGAAGAGGAGCUGCUGAACGCACCGAUAUCUCCAUUUCAUAGUCUGGAUACGCAAGACGUAGGCCAUUGGCCUUUCCCCGAUGGUCAGCCCGUGAAAUGGAGACUAUUGCAGGAUCUACGCAAUCCAGGGCUUUUCCCAGAAAUCUACAGGUGGGAGCCAGGUCGAGAUGCUCGCUUCCUCACUAUACGGGACAUUGCAGGCUCUGAUGGGACAUCGCGGACAAAGCCGGACGAUUCAGUGCUCUCGCAGUUCUACAACCAUUCAUUUACUGUUCAUGAAACCUCGGAGAUCUCGACUCCGGGGUUUCACUCUGGAGAUUCCACGCGCAGUAGUGGUUUAUCGGCCGGGACUUCUUUUGCGACAAGCAGCGAGAAGGACGGGCCAACACCAGGAUUACCGAUCCAAGGGCCCCUCACCGACCUCCGGGAUAUCCCCACUGCGGCGUAUCUGAAUUCGAUCGUGCCGCAGACGAUGACGGUGAAUCUGAUUGUGGCGAUUAUCGCCAUCCACCCUCCACGGCGGGUGGUAACGCGGCAAUGGAAGCAAGAGCUGGAUCUGGUUGAGAUGGUGGUUGGGGAUGAUACAAGAAGUGGGUUUGGGGUUACGUUCUGGCUUCCUCCUGUGAACCAUGCGGUCAUGGCUGGGGAAGGUGACGACGAAGGAGAGGCGCUGGGGGUGUCGCUGGCAACGCUGCGUCCACGGGACAUUGUUCUGAUGCGGAUGGUAGGACUGAGCUCCUUCCGGGAACGGGUAUACGGGCAGAGUUUGAGGAAAGGGGUCACGAAGGUUAACCUGCUGCACCGCCAGCGGGUCGACGUAACCGAAGCAGGCGGGCUCUACAGUGCGAAGCAACUCCGGGAUAUUCAACAAGACCCUGCAGCCAAGCGUGAGGAAGAUCUGCCGCUGAUGAAGGUGAGCAAGGUGCGCGAGUGGAUCAGGAGAUUUGUGUUCGAUCCGGUAGGCGGUGAUGGGGGCCGGGGAACUUUUACACGUGGCUUGGCUGGAAAGGGCCAUUCACUGCCCCCAGACACGCAGGAGUGAGCAGGCAAGCAGGCAGAGAGUGAUGAUUUAUAUAUAGAAAUGGC